AUGACCACUCCGGUCGACGAGCGGCCAGAGCCGACCUACGUCCAACCCUCAUACAAUAUGAGCAACCCCACAGCCCCCAUCCACGAAGCACGCGGCAACAGCCUCGACCGGCCCUCUUUGCCUUCGUACAAUGUCAACAAUGCGAACCGGAACGCCAGCCACGACAAGUCUUCUGACGAGGAGGGCACCGUGGUCGGCGAGACCGAGGACCCCGCGAGAAACCAAUCCCAGGACCACUUGAAGGAGAAUGAUGCACCAGCAGGAAGACCGCGCGCUGGAAGCCAUUUGACCGUCACCGAAUACGACUAUGAGCCCGGGGACCCUCUCCGUGGUGUGAACUCGCGUUCCCAGACUCGCGAGCGGGCUCACAGACUGGACGACGACUUGGAGAUGCUCAAGAUUGAAAGACAGAUCUCUCGCCAGCAGGAGGAGGAUGAUGCGUUAUCCAAAGUCAAGAGCAGGGGUAACGACACAUACCGCUCUGACGGCAACAGGAGGAAGCGUGACGAUCACAUCGACGAAUUCGACAUCGCUACCAACCCUGUGCAUGAGAAGACGCAGGUCUAUAAACCCGUCGAGCAUCCUGCAUCAGCUUUCGGAAAGUUCCUCAAGAAGGUCCAUCAGUCCAAUGUUCUGGUGCGAUGGUUUACCUACAUUGUGCCCCUGAUGCUGAUUCUUCUGAUCCCCCUGCUGCUCGGAGCACUCAAGUUCAAGACCGCUACCGUCGGAGGCGUGACGCUGACAUGGUUUAUGAUCUGGUUGGAAAUCGUCUGGCUGUCUCUGUGGGCCGGCCGCCUCCUCGCCAAAAGUCUGCCAAUGCCAAUUGGCAUGGUUUCGACCUUGUUCACCAACAACAGCAAGAAAUGGCGCGACAUGGGCAAGCAGCUCGAGCUGCCCGCGACUGUGUUCUUCUGGUGGCUGGCUAUUGAGAUUUCUUUCCUUCCCACCAUGACUUAUCACCAGAGAGACCAUCCACACAACUACACGGCGGAAUGGAUGGGUACAAUGAACAAGGUGUUGGUCUCAUUGUUCGUUGGCGCGAUCCUAAACUUCAUUGAGAAGAUCAUCAUCCAACUCAUCGCCAUCAGCUUUCACUUGCGGACUUACGCAGACCGCAUCGAGAUUAACAAGUUCCAGAUCGGCUCUCUCACCAAGCUGUAUGCUUUCUCCAAGGGCAAGAUCGCGAUGGAGGACUCCGAAUUUGAGCAGCAGCCAGAGCCCGGCUCGGGAGCGCGCACUCCAGGAAAGCUCGUGGCUGAUGCUGCACGGACAGGAAAGCAGGCGCUAAGACAGUUUGGAGACGUCGCUGGAAAGGUUGCUGGUGACUUCACCGGACGCACCGUCGUCAAGAGUACACAUCCGACGCAAGUGGUCCUUGCUCUCCUGUCCUCGACCAGUGGUGCACAGGUCCUGGCCCGUCGGCUUUACCGUACAUUCGCCCGCGAGGACACCGAAACCGUCGUUGCGGAUGAUCUGAGACCGGCUUUCGAGAACGACGACGAAGCAGACGCGGCCUUCACCAUGUUUGACAAGGACAUGAACGGUGACAUUUCCAUGGAAGAAUUGGAGGCUGUCUGCGUGGAAAUCGGACGAGAGCGCAAGUCUAUAACAGCCUCGUUGAAGGAUCUGGACAGUGUGGUCGCCAAGCUUGACGAUGUCUUUAUGUUCAUCGUCGUAGUUGUCGUCAUCCUGGUCUUCAUCUCGCUCAUUUCCACGUCGGCCGCCGGUGUCCUGACAAGCGCAGGCUCUUCCGUCCUGGCUCUGUCCUGGCUCUUUAGCGCAACCGCUCAAGAAUUCCUGCAGUCUGUUGUCUUCGUUUUCGUCAAGCAUCCAUUCGAUGUUGGCGACCGUGUCAGUGUUUACGGGAACACUGGAUCUACCCUUACUGGAGACGACUACUUUGUCAAGGAGAUCAGCUUGCUGUACACUGAGUUCAAGAAGAUGGAGGGUCACAUCGUGCAAGCGCCCAACAGCUACCUGAACACGCUGUUCAUUUUGAACCAGCGUCGAUCGGGCGGCUUGGCCGAGGCUGUCACCGUAAGCAUCAAGUUUGGAACGACCCUGGAGCAACUCGACGGCUUGAGGACGAAAUUGUUAGAGUUCGUCAAAUCAGAGAAGCGUGAAUACCAGGGCAACAUCCUCACGGAGCUGCGGGACAUUGUCGAUGUACAUUCGAUGAAGCUCAAUGUGAUCUUCUUCUACAAGUCCAAUUGGCAGAAUGAAGGUCUUCGUCUGGCCCGCCGGAACAAAUUCAUUUGCGCAAUGAUGGUGACUUUCCAGGAACUUGGCAUCGAGGGACCAUACAUGCGUUUUCCCGGCAUGCGCGAGACCUUCCCGAUGUAUCUCUCGCAGGUUCCUCAUGUGGGCAGCGCCGGUGCAGGCCAUGGCGGAACUCCAGACCAACCGAUGGGCUUUCCACCGGAGGGCUCUGUCACGCAGGAUCCUCCGUUUGUUGGACCGGCUCACGGCGAUGAGGUUGGCUCUCAGCCCCCAGGUUCCCGGACGCGAGGCGGCUCGAUCAUGAGGGGUAGCCGCGCUCGAGGGGAGACCCUCACCCAGAUGAACAGGCGUGUGGACUUCAGCCUGGGUAUGAGCAACGCGGCCACGCAGGACAUGUCCGGCGACGUGUACGAUGACCGCAACCCCAAUCGAUUGAGGAUGGAGGUCAUCGAAGCAUCUCGUGAACGCUCGCGGGGUUCACAAGACCGUGUGAGAGGCAGCGUGGACACAGGCACAUCGACCGCGCGAGAGAGCAUUCCCGCCCCUGGCAAUCUUGCUCGCCGAGCGACUGACAGCCGUUGGCGUAGCUCUGCCUCGCUGCACCGUAAUCGCUUCUUUGGCCGGUCGGAUCCCGAGCAGGACAUGAUGGAGAAGGGGCAGAUCCACAUGCAAGACAUUCCCGAGGAGCAGUUCCGCAGUGGGCAAAAUUCGGGAGGCCGGAUCGAUCCUCGCUCGGGACUCGUCUCGCCUCGGGCGUUCAGGAUGACUACGGAUGAGAGCAAUCCAGUGCGUCCUGAUGGACCGCCGCAACUGCCAUCUCAGGUCUCAGGCAGCGGGGCGUUGGGCGACGUGUCGAACAAUGUUCUACGGUCUCCCGCGCCGAUUGGGAGGAGUCAGACAGAAGAUUUGGGCGCAAGGCGCUAA